GGGGAUGAAAUCGGUGACGGACCACCCCUGGACAUAUUUCCGCCAAUAACAAACCUGCUAGGUUCCGAAACCGUUCACUGUAUUGUUUGGACAAGCUAUGCGAAGUGCGUAGAAAUGUUCCGUUAAUGGUCGUUUUUAAGUGAAAUGGAUUGAGGUCGUUGCACUUUGUUUGGCAUUAAUGUCAAAACGGGAAAAAUGUGUUUUUAAUAACGUAAAUCAGCAAACAAAUGAUUCUGACUAGUGUUAGCAAAAAAGGCUAACGCUGUGUUCAGUGACAUGCUCCUUUAGCAUGCAGUCAUGUUAGCUUGCUAACGAUUAGGGACUGGUACUGUUGCUGACCGUGUCUCCCGCUUGGUCGUGACACGGUCCGUUUAUUCGACAAAAAAAAUAUCGAAAGAGAGCAACCACGGUUACAACCUGUUCAUUUCCUGACCGGGAAGCAUUCAGCUGAACAAAUACCGUCAAGCAGUUCAACAGAUCUGCAAAAUGAAGAUGUUCUCAGUGGCUCACAAGACUGUCUUUGUGGUGGACCACUGCCCCUACAUGGCAGAGUCAAGUCGUCAGCAGGUGGAGUGUGACGUGCUGACAAAGAGUCGAGGUCAUGGUGUCAUUCCCUUGGCUCCUGUGUCCAAGUCCCUGUGGACUUGUGCUGUGGAGUGCUCCAUGGAGUACUGCCGCAUCCUCUACGAUAUUUAUCCGAAGGACAAGCUGAUUAAUUACGUUGUGAGUGAUUCAGAGUUCCACAUCUUGAAUAGCUGGAGACAGGAAGACCAAAGCACUCAUGAGCUCAUGUCAGCUCUGGCAGCCGUCGGGCCACCUAACCCACGCGAAGACCCCGAGUGUUGCAGCAUCCUUCAUGGGCUUGUCUCGGCAGUGGAAUCUUUAUGCAAGAUCACAGAGCUGCAGCACGAGCGGCGCACCAAUCUCAUGGACACUGCAGAGAGAGUUGCAAAUAGAGGCCGCAUUAUCUGCCUCACCAAUGCUAAAAGCGAUACUCACGUGCGCAUGUUGGAAGACUGCAUCCAGGAAACAAUAUUAGAACAAAACAAGCUAGCAGCCGGCUCGGACAGGCUGAUGGCCAUCCAGCAGUGCGACCUUGUUCUUAUUCACAUUCACCCACAGGGGGAGGACACACUGGUGUCUGACCGACCCAAGAAAGAGAUCUCCCCUCUACUCACCAGCGAGGUUCACAGCGUCCGUGCAGGGCGCCACCUCGCCACCAAACUCAACAUUCUGGUCCAGCAGCACUUUGACUUGGCCUCCACCACCAUCACAAACAUCCCCAUGAAGGAAGAGCAGCACGCCAACACAUCAGCCAAUUACGAUGUUGAGCUCCUGCAUCACAGAGACGCUCACCUGGAGUUCUUUAAAAGCGGAGACUUGCAUAUGGCCGGUAGCAGCACUCGGGAAAAUGGACUCAAAGAGACAAUUACACUAAAAUGGUGCACUCCGAGGACCAACAGCAUAGAAUUGCAUUACUGUACAGGGGCCUAUCGCAUCUCCCCCACUGAUGUUAACAGUCGUCCCUCGUCAUGUUUGACAAACUUUCUUCUCAACGGUCGAUCAGUGCUCCUGGAGCAGCCGAGGAAAUCUGGAUCCAAGGUCAUCAGCCACAUGCUUAGCAGCCAUGGAGGCGAGAUCUUCCUGCAUGUUCUGAACAGUAAUCGCUCCACCCUGGAGGACCCGCCCUCUAUCAGCGAGGGCUGCGGUGGACGAGUGACAGAUUAUCGCAUCACUGACUUUGGUGAAUUCAUGAGGGAAAACCGGCUCACUCCUGUUUCAGAGUCUUUCCAUGAUCCUUCUGGGAAAUUGCCAGUUGAGAGGGCGAAAGCCCAGCUGGAGCGCUACACUCGAUACUGGCCUAUGAUCAUCUCCCAGACCACCAUCUUCAACAUGCAGGCCGUGGUUCCUUUAGCUAACCUGAUAGUGAAGGAGACUUUAUCUGAGGAAGACGUUCUGACCUGCCAGAAGACCGUUUACAACCUGGUAGACAUGGAAAGAAAGAACGAUCCUCUUCCUAUUUCCACCGUCGGAUCCAGGGGCAAAGGACCCAAGAGAGACGAGCAGUACCGCAUCAUGUGGAACGAGCUGGAAACAUUAGUCAAAACUCACUCCGGAGCCACUGACAGACACCAGCGCGUGCUGGACUGCAUCAUCGCCUGCCGCAGCAAACCCCCCGAGGAGGAGGAGAGAAAGAAAAGAGGCAGGAAGAGGGAGGAGAGGGAAGACAAGACAGAGAAAAACGGCAGCAAGGACACAGAGGACAAAAGCUGGCAGGACACGGAGAGACUAAAGGGGUUGCUGGAGGAGGAUCAGGGGUCUGAGGUGAUCAAGGAUUCACCAGAUUCUCCUGAGCCGGCCAUUAAAAAGCCGCGCCUGUCCACAGAAGACGUUCCACUUCCAGAGAGAGCAAAAGGCCCCGUGUCACUCCUCGCCAUGUGGACCAAUCGCAUCACUGUGGCCAAUUCCAGGAAGCACCAGGAGUUUUUGGGCAGAGUGAGCUCCGUCAACAACAAGUUUGAGUUAUACCAGCAGCUCAAAGAGGAAAACGGGAUUGAAGUUCAUGAAAACGGAAAAGCCGCCAGAUGAUGUUUCUGUGAUAUUGCCGAGGAUGAGAUUGUGGACCACCAUUUUAAUUUCUUUUUCAGAUUAGGGCUUCACCUGAUUCUCCCAGAACAAGGACAUGAAAUAAACCAGACGGUGAACUCUAAAGAGGAAUUUCUAUGUUUUUUAAGCCAUGAUUUUGUAGAUAUGCUGUUCACAUAUUGUGUAACACAUUAAAACGCUGUUGGCUUUUGCUGAAAGUCAAUUGAAUGUUAAAGUG